GUUGACGAAAGCCCAGUAAUUUGUGAUUUCCUUGUAUUUCUAGGUGAUAAACUUACGGCAGAUUCAAGUAACUUUCGAGGCAUUUAGAGACAUUUACCAGCAAGUUGGUACUUAUCUGCUAUACAAAAUGCAGUGAGGAUUCUCUUUAAUAUACCAAACAAAUUUGUCAUCAGACAGACUGACAUUUUUUGUAACUGGACUAGUUAACCCUUUGCAUGCUGGGAAAUUUGUCGUCUGCUAAAAUGUUGUCUGCUGAAUUUCUAAAAUUAGCAUUUUCUUAGAUUUUUUUUAAAAGAAUACUAUCAGAAUAGCAAACAGUUUGGAUCCAGAUGAGACGCCAUGUUCUGUGGCUGAUUUUACAGGAACAAUUAGUCUCUGCGUUCAAGUUCGGGGGACCAGCAGAUAUCACAGUCCAAUGCAGGACGUAUAAUAAAAGCAGAACCCACUGUCAACAGCAUCCUUAAGACGCUUGAGGCAGAUUACAGCAAGAAUCAGGAGAGUUUACUGGGUGUAUUGCAACACAUGCUGUCUGGGAAAAGCUUUGAACUCAUUCUAAAUGCUGCGGCAGCUAUUGGGAAACUGCAGAUCUUCUUGGUGAAGCUUAAAAGAUUCAAUGAGUUUGCCAAGCAGAGUUCCGGUGAGAGUGGCAAGGCAUCCCAGACUCGAGCUCUACUGUUUGACAUCAGCUUCUUAAUGCUGGCACACAUCACACAGAUCUACGGCUCAGAGCUCAUCACAGGCUGUUCCGAGUGCCAGGACACAUUCUUCACCCAGUGGGUGACCCGCUGUCUGCCGGAGGAUGGGAAAUACAAGUCCGUGGACAUCGGCAUGCCCGUGGAGCCUUCCAAGGUGGACUUCCUGCUGAGCGCCCUCACGUCAGGGUCUGAUAUAGCUCAGGGGCCGCCAAAGUGGCACGAGAUCUGCACAAACACUCCAUACGCUAUACAGGAAGUGUUGUUUGCCUGGGAACACGGUUCAAUAUCUUCAGAUAACAUCAAGAUGAUAUUGAACUACAUCAAGACUCGCAUGUUGAGUCUGCCGGUGUGCAUCGUGGCCUGGCUGUGCAGCUACAUCAACAUGCUCAGUGAGGAGGCCCGCACCAAGCCCCUGUCCAUACUCCAGCAGCUGAUCCAGCCCCUACAGGGGGACUCCCUACCGCAGUACUACUCUGAGAGAUCCUAUCUAAUGCAGCCAAUUGUUCAGAAAAUGAUCCACGAUAUACUGCCCCCUGCCAGUAGGCGUCCCAUCCCACAGUAUGUGCCUGCAAACAGCUUGCCAGCCGAUGUCAUGUCUAAGACACUGAAGGCAGUGUUCAGCAAGGGCUGGCUUGAGACGGAGAGACUUCAUGCGCUGAAAGCCCUAUACAGUCUGUGUGGGGCCGACUGGUUUGUUGAUCGACUUGUACGGAUAUCAAGAUGAAGUUCGCCGUGUACCUGCUCGUUUUGUUGCCAAUGGUCUACUGUGCCAACAUCGAGGAGAGAUUCAUCGUCGGAAUUCUCCAGCUCCACCCUGUAUGCGACGUCACAAAACUUCUUCAGUCUUCCCUUGGCUCCGACUCCACUGUGGCAGCAUGUGAGGCCGCCUGUCCGGGCCCCCUUUCUGCAGUCCCAUGCAAAGAGCUCCAGCACCUUGCUCUAGGACGCUAAUUUAUAAUGGCAUUGGAUAUCUCUUAUCUUGGAAGAAAACAUUAAACGACAUCUAAUUUUC